GGGGUCCUAAAUGUUAUGCUGGCCAGUCCUGCAGCGCUGAAUGGACUAGUUAUCAGUUUGUUGUGCAAGCCUACCGCGAGGAAAUAAUAUCAGACUUCUCCAGACAUCAAAACACCCACCAGUGAAGUGUAUGCUGAUUUGUUCUGCCUGCCGGGAGUGGAGGGCUGCGACUGAGGAAAGGAGACAGAACAGACCCUGGGAAAGGGGCACAAAAGGAUAAGACGGUGGAACUUUGCAGCACACAGUGACUUUGACAGACUAACUGAAUUGGAUGGCGACAUGAAGGUGAAGAUUUUCAAGGAGUCCGUGUCAGAUGACAGCACCAAGGGCCUGCCUCUUCUCCCCUUGUCUGGUGGUGAUGUCAAUGGCAGUCAUUUUAGCGGGGCCGUCCUCAACCACACCCCGAUGGUCUGCCUUCCCAAGGUGUGUGAGGACCUGCAGUUUGGAUGGACCUACUCCAACCAACUUCAGGACGUCGACGGCAUUCCCGAGCUGCUGAGCGCGUUUAACACGUUCCCGUAUCCGACGUCGGAGGAACUCACCACGCUGGCUCUGCGCACGUCCAAGCCGCUGGAUAAGGUCAAGGCCUGGUUCAUGUGGCAGCGCAUCAAGUACGGCAUCAGCUGGAACCCGGGGGACGUUGACGAGAUGCGACUCAAGGUCGGGGUGCCUAACGGCGCGAGCAAGCCCCGCGACCAAACACGAAAGAACGCGGUGAAAAUCAAGCAGGAAGUCGUAGUGAAGUUAGAGCCCCUCGGCACCACGCUACCUUUUCCCUCCUUCCCGCCACCCCUGCAAGACUCGAACUCCCACAACCACCAGCAGCAGCCGCCGGCAGACCUGCCCCCCAUCACGUCCGCCAGGUCAUUCCCGACCAUAAAGGCAGAACUUCCCAGGAGGACGAAAGUUCUGAAGCAGCAGAAGCAGCAGCAGCAGCAGCAGCAGGAGGAGAUGCAGCAGCAGAGCCUAAAUAAGCACAUGAAAACCGAAGCCCAGCUGGCCCUUCUGCGGCAGAGCUUUCUGCACGACACCCGGCCCUGCAAGGCGGAGUUCAAGCGACUGGUGAGGGAAACGGGGCUGCCCAGCCAGAAAGUUAGCAAGUGGUUUAGCGUCAACCGGGCACGGCUGCGACGCAACCGCGUGCCUUGGUGGGUGGGACUCGGCUCUGGCUUGAGCGCGAAAUCAGAAGCGGGAGGGGGAGACGAAGGAGACGGAGAGGCAGAGGAAGCGGGAGCAAGGGAUCUGGGAGACGACGAGGUGAAGAAGGAGCCGCUCGCGUCUACGCAGAUGCUCAAAAAGACGCCCAACAACGCUGAGCAGCAGGAGCAGCUCCGGCCCCGGCCCCUGCCCCUACCGUUCGUGCCCCUCAAAGCUCUGUCUGUGCCCCUGAAGCCACUGUCACGUGGUAAGCCGAGCGCGCAUGCCCUGAGGGAGAGCAAAUUCUUCAAGAACAUCCUGUCCGAUCGUCCGCUUACGGCUUACGAGGUGAAGUCAGAGAGGGAGAAUAAUACCACAUGCGAACUUCCUGCCCAAGUACUGCAGCUGGGCGAGCCAGCGCAUCCCAAAUCCAGCCAGGAUGCGCAGGGUGGUGAUGAGGAGCAAAAACCCCUGAAGCAGACCAAGCGGCGGCCCUUGAAGCCAAAGGCGGCACCGACGAUAUUGCCGACGACCGACACCGCGUCCGAGUCCCUCUCGGCCACUCCUCCUCCUCCCCCCGCUGCUGCUGCCCCGGCGGCGGCACUGCCAAACAAAGGCUCCGGGAAUGCCCGCGCUUCAUCAAUGGGGGCAAAAACGCCCAGACCCAGACGACGCUCAAGACCCAGGCCCUCGAAGCCUAAGGCACCGACAGUGUUGCCGAGCAACACGGCGCCCGAGUCCCUCUCGGCCACUCCUCUUCCCCCCGCUGCUGACCCGGCGGCGACGCUUCCGAACAAAGGCUCCGCGAGUGCCUGCACUUCGUCAAUGGGCGCGGCAAAAACGCCCAGACCCAGACCCAGACGACGCUCAAGACCCAGGUCCUUGUUGACGCCCUCCGGCCGUCUUCGCAAGACACAUGAGCAGAUGGAACAGCUUAGGUCCUUCUUCCUGAGGUGCCAGUGGCCAACCAGCGAGGACUACACAGGGUUUGCCGAGCUCUCCGGCCUUUCGCGCACCGACAUCAUUCAGUGGUACGGCGACACGCGCUACGCGGUGAGGAGGGGGCAGCUGCGCUGGGCGCGUGACAUCCCCAGCCACAUACGCAAAGAAAUUUCGUAUCCCUAUGGCGGCAAGGCCGGAACCAGUCGCACCCGGAGUCGCAAACGGAGGUCCGAGGUCGGUGGUGAGGUGUCGAGUCACAGCUCUCGGAAAAAGAAACGCCCGUGAAAGUACCUGAGAAGGUUUUUUUUAAGUUGUUGCAUUAAUGGACCUUCUUCAUAUUAAGUGUCCUUUGUUGUCAUGCAUUCACCAUUGCUACAAUGGUGCUGUUCGGUACAAAUGCUGCUCAAUUUUUGGUUCUCUUGGUAGCUAAUUUUGGUUCUAAGUAAGAGUUUGGUUUAUUCCCUUUAGGCUCCUGACCUCAGGAUAAACGUUCCAUUACUCCCAUGUUAUUUUGCACUUCACAUGAUGUUUUCAAGGCCUGUUGGCUUUUGGGAUUUAUCAAAAUAGCUCUUAUGUUGCAAAUUGUUCAACCCAUGCAACAGUGUGAAGUACUUGCCAUAAAAUAAAAAAUGUGUGGCACUUGUUUUUGUUACCAUUAUUAAAACACGUCAAGUUCAGAAGUCAA